AUGAGUGAAACAUUAGUCUCUUACGCUGCAUUGCUUCUUGCUGACGCUGACAAAGAUAUUACCUCUGACAACUUGCAGGCUGUGUUGAGCGCUGCUAAUGCUACUGUCGAUGGCGUCUGGAUUCAUACUUUCGCCGAGGCUUUGAAGAGUCAAGAUAUCAAGGAAAAUCUUUUCAAGAUGUCUGCUAACGUUGCUCCAUCUUCUGGUUCUGCUCCAGCUGCUGCUGCCGGCGGUGAUGCUUCUGCUGCUGCUGCUGAAGAGGAAAAGGAGGAGGAAAAAGAAGAGGAAGAGUCCGAUGAGGACAUGGGUAUGGGCUUAUUCGAUUAG